UCUUGAAUGUCCGCCUCAGCAGGGCCACCUCAUGUGGUACACCAGAUAGUUAAUCUUCUAACCAAAGGGCACACGUGCCCACGCAAGCCAUUCUCAGGGACCAUGGUAAUUGACUGGGCAAUAGUCCCUCAAACACCCUAGCCCGGAAGCUUCCAGUUGGUGGAGGAAGAGAGGCAGGCGGGCCUCAGUGUCCCUCCUAGGUCCUUGUUGCCCAGGUGAGGUGGUGCCAGCUGUGUUCCAGAGCAUCGAGGUCAAUGGGACACAAGGCAUUCUGCAUGCCUCCUGCCCGCACCUGAGGAGCAGCUCCAUCCCUGGGGACCUGGGCACUGCCUGGCAGGGCUAGCAGAAGCCUUUGGCCAUGGCCAGCACAGCGGUUCAACUCCUGGGCUUCCUGCUCAGCUUCCUGGGCAUGGUGGGCACGCUCAUCACUACCAUCCUGCCACACUGGCGGAGGACAGCCCACGUGGGUACCAACAUCCUGACGGCCGUGUCCUACCUGAAGGGGCUGUGGAUGGAGUGCGUGUGGCACAGCACCGGCAUCUACCAAUGUCAGAUCUACCGCUCCUUGCUGGCACUGCCCCGUGACCUGCAGGCGGCCCGGGCUCUCAUGGUCAUCUCCUGCCUACUGUCCGGCGUGGCCUGUGCCUGCGCAGUGGUGGGCAUGAAGUGCACCCGCUGUGCCAAGGGCACACCAGCCAAGACCACCUUUGCAGUGCUGGGGGGUGCGCUUUUCCUGCUGGCCGGCCUCCUCUGCAUGGUGGCUGUGUCCUGGACCACCAACGACGUGGUGCAGAAUUUCUACAAUCCGCUGCUGCCCAGUGGCAUGAAGUUUGAGAUCGGACAGGCCCUGUACCUGGGCUUCAUCUCCUCGUCCCUGUCACUCAUCGGUGGCACCUUACUCUGCCUGUCCUGCCAGGAUGAAGCCCCCUACAGGCCCUACCAGGCCCCACCCAGAGCUGCCAUGACCACCGGGGUCACCGCCCCCGCCUACCGCCCACCAGCAGCUUACAAGGACAACCGGGCACCCUCGGUGACCUCAGCCUCGCAUAGUGGGUACAGGCUAAACGACUACGUGUGAGUCCCUUCCCCAGGCCACUGCCCCGGCUGCUGAGCCCCGAGGGACCACUGAUGGCUGCUGGGCAGCUGGAGAGUUUUACUUCUGGGAUGUUUGCUAUCCUCUGAUUAAUGUGCAUGGAAGAAAUGCGCCCAGAACACAUGGAAGGAGGGACUCCAGGAGGAGAAAGCUCUGUAUACCAAAGGCUUUUUUAAAGUGCUGUUUUGUAUUUAUUAUAUGUAUUUAUGCAGGUGAUUUAAUAAGAUCUCAAUAAAAAAUGAGCUGGGAGCUUG